UCCUCUCCUCUUCUUCUCUCCGGUUCGGCUGCCCAGGGUUUGCUCUCCUCCCGGCGCGACAGGACCGCUCUGAAGACUCGGAGGAUGGCCCCCCUCGGCCUCGGCCUCUUGGUCUGCCUGGCGCUCGCACCCUUUGCAGCCAAUGCCCAAGCUGACCCCUGCCCCGCCGGCUGGCUCUCCUACAAUGGCCACUGCUACGGAUACUUUGAGCAGGAGGUGAACUGGCAGCAGGCGGAGGCCUUCUGCCAAAGCCACAACGGCCACCUGGCCUCCAUCCAGACCCGCGAAGAGCAUCAAGCCGUGGCGGACUUCCUGACUAAGGCCCAGUGGUGGGAGCGCGAGGAUGUCUGGCUGGGGCUCUUCCUCCCAUCCCAGAGCCGGACCUGGGCUUGGGUGGACGGCAGCCCCCUGGGCUACACCGCCUGGGAAAAGCAUUACCGCCGCGCCUGGAAGGCCUGCGCUGCCCUGGACGACUCUUACGGGUUCAUGCUGUGGGACGACGAUUCCUGCUACGACCGGAACCCCUUCCUCUGCAAGAGCCUGGCAGCGGCCGCCCCCACCCCCACCCCCCAGGGAGCCCAGCCCUGAACCCGCCUCCUCCCUCGCAUGGCCAAAGCCCAGAGCCGGCCUGCCCCCCUCCGCCUCCACCCCCCCCUCCCGUCCCCGCAACAUCUCACAAUAAACCCCUUUUGAGCAAAG